AUGGCCCACAAGCACAACCGACGCCGAACCCGCCCUCGUUCGCGGCAAACCAAGCUGGCGCCUGAUUUCGAUUCUCUCACGACGCCAAAUCCAUAUUCCCUUGAUACAUCUUCAGGACUGUCCGCAAUCUACAUACCGCGACCCAGAACUAUAAAGCCACCCAAGGCGGACUUAUCCAACAGUGUCAACGCUCGUCACUGGCACAACCGAUACAUCGCUUGGCAGAACCGUGAGUCUGCGCAACGGCGUGAUGCGGCUCGCAUCGAAGCCGAACAACUCAAGCUCUUCGGCGGUGAACCUGGCGACGAUACUGGUCUCUGCUAUAAGAUGAUGGAGGCUUUCGAGGGUAUGGAUUGGGUCGACAGUCUUGAAUGA